UAUUUGUAAUAUUUGCUAUUAAUUAUACAUUUUAAAUUAAAAGAAUAAUUAAAAGUGAAAGUGACAACUUCCUUUUUCGAUGACUUUUUUUUGAGAAAGCGGAAGUGGUUGGUCCGCCAUAAUCGUUCGUGUGGGUCUGUGCUUGUGUGGUUAAGGUUUCUUACCGGUGCCAAUAAUUAUUUUUAAUUAGUAGUAAGUUAUGCGUAUGAAUCCAGACAUGGACGAUGACGAGAAGGGAAAAUUAUUCGUCGGUGGGCUAUCAUGGGAAACGUCGCAGGAGAACCUGCAGCGCUACUUCUCACGAUACGGCGACGUGAUCGACUGUGUCGUGAUGAAGAACAGCGAGUCCGGGCGGUCUAGGGGAUUCGGCUUCGUCACCUUUGCUGACCCUACCCUGGUCAACAUGGUGUUGCAGAAUGGACCGCACCAGUUGGAUGGAAGGACCAUCGAUCCAAAGCCAUGCAACCCGCGCACCCUGCAGAAACCCAAGCGUGGGGGCGGAUACCCUAAGGUAUUCCUUGGAGGUCUCCCGUCCAACAUCACAGAGACAGAUCUUAGGGUGUUCUUUGGCCGCUACGGCAAGGUGAUGGAGGUGGUCAUCAUGUAUGACCAGGAAAAGAAGAAAUCUAGAGGUUUUGGCUUCCUGUCAUUUGAAGACGAGCUCUCCGUCGAGAGAGUGACACAGGAGCACUUCAUUAACCUCAAUGGAAAGCAGGUGGAGAUCAAGCGCGCCGAGCCCCGCGACGGCUCGGGCAAGCUGGGCUCGGGCGGCGGCGGCAUGGGCGGCGGCAUGAGCGCGCCGGGCGACGCGCCGCAGGCCGGCCAGUGGGGCCCGCCCGCGGCCCCGAUCAACAUGAUCCAGGGGCACAACGGGCAGAUGGGCGGCCCCCCCAUCAACAUGCCAAUGGCGGGCCCUAACAUCAUGCAAGGGUACCAAGGCUGGGGGACCUCCCCCGGGCAGACGUCGUACGCGGGCUACGGCGCGGCCGGCGCAGGCGCGGGCCCCGGCAACUACCAGGGCUGGGGCGCGCCGCCCGCGCCGCAGGCGCCGCCCCACGCGCCCGCCUGGCCCGCCACCAACAACUACACGCAGCAGCCGCCGGCGCAGGGCUACGGCAGCUAUGCUAACUAUAGUUCUGCCCCAGCCGGUGCGUCAGCAGGCGGCAGCUGGACAAAUUGGAACAUGCCGCAGAAUUCUAACUCUACCGGUUCUGGAUCGUACGUGCCGCUGUCGGAGGGCGGCGAGAUGUACGGGCGCGGCGGCGGCGCGGGCGGCACGUCGGCGCCCGCGCUGUCGGGCGCGCUGUCGUCGGCGGCGCUCAGCAAGUCGUCGUCCGCCGACUACUCCACCUACCAGCAGUACCCGCCCGCCUACCAGCAGGACCAGGGCUCCUCGUACGGCGGCGGCGGCUCGCGCGCGUACGGCGCCGGCUCCGACUACCACGCCGCGCCCGCCACGCAACCUCCAGGUGACGAUUAUGAAUACACCGGAGGCUCGGGCGAUGGAUACCAAAGGUCAUCGAAACGGAGCUACCACGGCACUUCUUCAAGCGGCACUGCAUCGGCAUCUUCUUACCAUCCCUAUAGGCGUUAAUAAUUGAACGGCGAACUUUCACAACUUAUGCGAGCCUGCUAUUUCAUCGUCAAAUAUUAUUGUCUGUCUGUUUAUUUUGACUAUUUUAAUAUUUAAAAUGUCCAUACUUCUACAAACGAAACAGACAAUUUAUUUGACUUAUAAAACAUCUUAGAAACUAUUUUGGUAGGGUAAGUUUUCUUACUGCUGGCAACAAUUUUACAAUUAUUUUUAAAUUUGCGAUUCCCGCCGUUUAUCCAUUCACGUCAAACUGUACGUACUUGUAUAUUAUUGUAACUUUUAACGAAUGCAAUCAUUGAGUUUGUAAAUGGUUUUUUUUUGGCGAAAAGAAGUGUGUGAGAAACGGUACAUAUCAUGUAUCCCAAUGUAUUUUUGAUAUAUUUUUAUUGACAAAGUUUUAUUUGGCAGCUGUUUUGACUUUGAUGUUGCCAUUAACGUAAAGGCAAAAUUUGACCAAACAUUUUCGAAAACGCGGAUUUGGUGAUUUUCUUACACACUUAUUUUCUGACAUCUUAUUAGAUAGUAGAUUGUUUUUCUUUCUUUUGGACAUAUUUGCGUAGUAUGGGAUGAUAUUAACCGAGAAUAUAAAAAUUUUAAGUUGUAACCAUCCAUGCAAAUGAUAUAAGUAUUUUUUGCAGUAGUUGAUCAUACGAAGAGAAUGUAUUGAAUUUAUACAGUCAUGUUUUAGAUAUUUUGCUGUCUUCUGACAGUAUAAUUUAUACAUGUUAAUAAUGGAAUUCUCUUACCUUAUGAAGUCAGUUUAAUUUAAGCCGUCGCAAUAUUGUAAAUUACAUAGGACUUUACGGGUAUACAGACGCCUGAGAGAAUCAAACUGCGUUAUACCUACUGAGUAACUUGCACACAUAGAAUUUGAAAAAGGGACGACCUGGAUACAACGUAAUAAAAGAGAUGUUAUUUGACACCUAAAUUUUACACACACAAACUUAAAAAAAUUGUUCACGUUCGAUCUUUAUCUUAAGUAGGUACUACAUUGCACUUAUUUUUAUGUAAUUACGGUUGUGUUUAUAGAACAAUAUUAAUCAACUAGGGCUUUGAUUUGUGGUCAUGGUUGUAAGUAUUCAUAUUCUCACAUAAAUUUAGUAAAAUCAUUUAUAAUCGUACCAUUUUGAGGUUGCAUUUAUGAGGUAAAUCACAGUGUAAUAGCGAAUAACUUCAGUUUUUAGCGUGCGUAAUCUUGUUUUGUGAUGCUUCCCUUAUGCUCAAUUUCAUUCCUCCAAAUCUUACGUAUUCAAAUGUUUUUUUUAUGUUUCGAUUCUUGACACUUGUAUUUUUACUUGAAUAAAAGUACUACUAAUUUUAA